CCUAUAUUUGGCACAUUUCGGCGGGUCGACAUGCCUUUUUGCCUACACCAUUCAUUUCAAGCGCGAAUUCGACGACAACAGCCACCAGUCUAAUAAUAUUCGAAUCCGGAGCUUGACAUCAAUUCUAGAUUUCAUUAGCUCUGAAAAUGGAGGGAUUGGUCUCCAUGAAAUCCAGUGCUUCCUCCCACCCCGCCGCCAUCGGGUCUCUUCCCCGCCGACCCACCUUCUCAAUCCGCCGUUCCCAGGUCACUCUCCCCAGAGUCAAACGCUUCUCCGCCGCCGCUGCCUCCAUUCGAGCUCAACAGUUUGUGCAGCCUGACACGAUGGAUGCAUCGUCGGCGGCGAGGGAAGAGCCUGAGAUUGUUCUGAAAGCGAAAGAAUGGGAAGUUGGGAUGCUUCAAAACGAGUUGGCGGAAAGCCAAGGGAUUAGGAUCAGGAGACAGCCACCGACCGGGCCACCAUUGCACUACGUCGGUCCCUUUGAGUUCAGGAUUCAGAAUGAAGGCAACACUCCCAGGAACAUUCUGGAGGAGAUUGUGUGGCACAAAGACAAUGAAGUCCAUCAAUUGAAACAGUGGAAGCCCAUCUACACUCUAAAGAAAGCUAUGGAAGAUGCUCUUCCAACCAGGGAUUUUGUCGGAGCACUGAGAGAAGCUAACCGUCGAACUGGGCUUCCGGGUUUGAUUGCGGAAGUGAAGAAGGCUUCUCCUAGUAGAGGAGUCCUUCGAGAGAAUUUUGAUCCUGUGGAAGUUGCUCAAUCUUAUGAAAAAGGUGGAGCUGCAUGUCUCAGUGUCUUGACAGAUGCUAAGUACUUUCAGGGGAGUUUUGAAAACUUGGAGGCAAUUAGGAAAGCUGGAGUUAAGUGCCCUCUGCUGUGCAAAGAAUUCAUUGUAGACGCGUGGCAGAUCUAUUACGCGAGAACUAAAGGAGCAGAUGCCAUUCUUCUAAUAGCUGCAAUUUUGCCUGAUCUGGACAUUAAGUAUAUGAUUAAGAUCUGCAAGGUGCUUGGUUUGGCGGCACUCGUUGAGGUCCACGACGAGAGGGAAAUGGACCGUGUUAUUGGAAUAGAAGGCGUUGAGCUUAUUGGCAUCAAUAACCGUAAUCUUGAAACAUUUGAAGUUGAUAUCAGCAACACCAAGAAGCUUCUUGAAGGAGAGCGAGGCAAACUCAUCCGCGAGAAAGGCAUAAUCGUAGUUGGCGAAUCUGGGCUUUUCACUCCUGAACACAUCGCUUAUGUGCAAGAAGCUGGUGUUGGAGCGGUUCUUGUUGGAGAAUCGCUGGUGAAACAAAGCGACCCAGGCCAGGCAAUCUCUGGUCUCUUUGGCAGAGAUAUCUCGUCGUAACUUGGGGGUUAAAGAAAAUCAAGCAACAAAGUUUUGUAGAGCAGCAGCAGCAACAAAGAUGAAUAUAACUAUAGAGCUGCUUUCCUUGAGUGUACUUUUUCUGUCAUUUGCCCCCUUUUUAUCAUAUGCUCAGGUUUAAUGUUUAUUCUGUUUGUGCUUCUUCCUUUUCUUCUUGAUUAUGGCACAGCAAACCUCUAUGGAAGUGGUUUCGUGGAUUAAAUUUUGGAUUAGUUCCUUGACUAUCUACAUCUACAUCUCUAUACAUAUAAUUAUAGUGAUUCUUAUUUU